CUUUCAUGAGCGCAGCUUUGCCAUGCCACUGCUCCAAUGUAUUUCUUUGCUUGAGGUCACACAGAGCUGACGUCUUCCCUCUCAGGGUCACAUGACUCAUUCACUUUCUGGGUGGAUGAGAAUGCACCAGUGGGUCCAGACCAGAGGGCUAUGGUCAAGCAUCUAGUUUUUGUGUUCCGCCCCCUGGCAAAGAAGGUGAUGAAGUAGUGGUCUAUGACUCAGAACCUGAGCUUCCGCGAGCAGCUAGAGGCAGGCAUCCGCUACUUUGAUCUGCGCGUGUCGUCCAAGCCGGGCGAGCCAGGCUACGAGGUCUACUUCAUCCACGGCCUCUUCGGGCACCGGGUGUGGGACGGCCUCAGUGACAUCGAGCGCUUCCUCGGCGAGCACCCAAAGGAGGUGGUCUUGCUGGACUUCAACCAUCACUACGCCAUGAGCAGGGAGCACCACUGCCACCUGCUGCCCACACUGCGUGAGGUUUUUGGCCGCAAGCUCUGCAAGGUCAUUGCGGUGGAGGGGAUAACACUGGACUACCUGUGGGGGAACGACUAUCAGACCAUUUCAGCCAUCCAGUACUUCCCUGUCCUCCAGAUGCUUGUUUUCUACCACCACCCUUCUGCAGAGAUGUGUGGCCUCCUGUGGCCGGGCAGCAAGAUCCCAGCCCCCUGGGCAAACACCAUAGACCCCCACAAACUGCUCCGGUUCCUGGAGACCACAAGGGACAAGCAUGUCCAUUGUGGUUCUUUCCAUGUGUCCCAGGCUAUCCUCACCCCCAGGGUGAAAACCGUCAUCGGGGGACUCCUCAGGGGGCUCCGCACUCACCUGGUGGAGAGCCAGCAGAUGGCAGCAGAGCACAGCCUAUGUCAUCCAAAAGCAAGGAGUCACCUGGCUUAA